AUGCUCGAGUGUAUCUCUGCACCCUCCCAAAUACCCACGAUUCAUCUUCCCUUCGACCAUCGGUGCGGUGCCUGUGGGAGGGCGUUCGAAUAUGAAAGCAGCGUGACCGCUGUGGCCAGAGACAACACUACUUUCACGACAUAUAGGAUAAUAGGAACUUUUGCCCCAUAUUAUGCGCCAAAGGCCAGCGUACGAGAGUACGAAUCUUAUUACCCCUGUGAGGCCGAUGGCUGCGCACUCUGUGAAGAUGCUCCCGAGGCAAUAGCAUGCCACAACGAGUGCAUGAAUAUUGUUUACGAUAAAGGAGCACCUCAAGAUUGUUUGUUGAAGUUAUGGACCGCAGGUACUUGGAGAAAUCCUUGUUAUCGCUCCCCGCCGUUGCUCUUGCCCCCAUCAGAUAACCCUACCUCCCGUAUAGAAGCGGCUACUCGUGUGUUCCCUUCUCUUGCAAGGCUUCCCCACAAUGUGCAGCACAUGAUUCUCGAACAAUGCGACGACGACGACUAUCUUUGGCGCUACGCGGCCGUCUACGAGCUUGCACGCCGGGUGAACUGGGACUAUUUCUGUGCUGGGACCCUUUCCCUUGAUGGAAUACACACCUGGUCUCGACGCCAGGUGCCAAAAUUGCCGCAGACCCUGAAUGAUCGCCAGCCAUGGUAUGCAAAUAGCAUCAUCCCAGAUCUACCAAUAGCAACGGCCAUCAACGAGGGAUACAUUCUGCUUGUCAUUGAUUCUCAAGGGCUCAGGGACAUCCUCCGACCUCCUGAACUGGUUGACAGUCCCUACUACCGCUCAGAAGGACUGCGUUUCAUCAGUGGGCCUGCUGAGAGCUUCUCCGGGUUUUCUGUCGACUUCAAGUAUGGUCUAGCUCGUUUGAUCGUUCCGCCUGGACGAAAGGUCCAGAUCUGGGGAACCCAAGUUCCUCCAAACAACCAAAUGAUCAUUGAUUCCGAGGGACCAUCACUGGGCCUCGAACUGCACACAGGCUUCUUCUCAGCAAGCCAUUUCGUAUCAAUCGACUUAAAGAAAUGCAUUGGGCUUACGGUUUUCAGUUCUCCCCAUGGUGUGCUUGGUGUGCAUGGGCACACAGGUGAGAGUCCCCUUGCUAUAACGACCUUUGAGCGCCUGCGGCCUCUCCAGCUCAGGCAGUCGGCCAUUUGGUUUUAUGUUCCUCUCCGACCGGGUGACGAGGUCCUUUCGCUAGGCCUUCGGUUUCAAUACAGCCAGGGAAGGCGCAGGCUCCCCAGCUUUAUUAUCCGUUUGCAAUCGGGACGAUAUACCAUCGGGCCAUGGUAUAACGCAAAAAAUGGACCAGCGGAAGACCACACGUUCCAGGUCAGAGGGAGGCCUACUCUUCUCUACGAAGCACCAGCACGAUAUUCGCUUUCUGGACUUGCCGUACUGCCUCAGACACCAGUCUGCAAGGAAGUCCAGAAGCUCGACGCAAGGAUGCCUCAGCUCUGGAAUCCCCAUUCCCAUUUUUCCUCGGCUCGAUUGGAAAAUGUAUCCCGAGUCUUGGUAUUUUCCGAUGGAGCCCCCGGAUUCUGCAGAGGGAUGGUCUUCACAUAUAAAGACUUGACGACCAGAUUUGUGGGUGAAUGUCGUUGGGGUCGGCAGUCAUUCAUGGUCUAUCAGAGCCCAUCAAGGCUAUUUUAUUAUCAGGGAGGAUUUCGUGCUCAUAAUGCGCCGUGGUCUGCUCCACGGGUGGAAGUGACGGACGUGUUUUUUGAAUCCAAGAAUUUCGUUACACCCGCUUCUUGUCACGGGGAGGGUUGGCGUUCUUGUGAGCUGAGGGGGAACCUUCACUUUUGGUUCAACGCCCGUGAGUCUCAUCUGACCGUUCAUCAAGAGUGA